GUUCGGUAUGCCUGAGCUGGCUCGCGUGGCUCGUCACCGCGGAUACGGCACGCAGCUCCUCUUCACAGUGGGCGGCGAAGACACGGACAACGCCAACUGGUCGCGCCUUGCCUCCGAUGAAGUCCGCAGGGAAACGUUCGCCAAGGAUCUCAAGGAGACGCUGGUGUCGCUGGGCUACGACGGCGUCAACCUUCACUGGUCGACUCCGGGCGGCCGGUGCGGCCGCGCCGGCGACGCUCACGCCCUGACGGACCUGGUGCGGCUCCUGCGGACGCGUCUACGGCGGCCGCUGGCGCCGCGCGAUUUCCUUCUCGCCGUGACGCUGCCGCCGCAGGAGCACUUUGUUGAGGUGGCGUCGCAGCUGGCGCCGCUCGCCAAGCUCGCCGACUUCCUCGUGGUCCAGGCGCACUCCCUGUACGGUCCAUCCAGCCCGUGGCCCCGCUGCGCGAGCCCUUACGAGGCGGUCCAGGGCCCGAGCGUGCGCGCCCUGCUGGAUUCCCUGGCGGCCCGGCUCUUCCACGGCCACUGGGGCAAGCUGUGCAUCACACACUCGCUGGCCGCCGUCACGUACCGCCUGGCCGACUAUGGCACGGCGGUCGUCGGAGCCAGGGUCGGCGAUCCCAGCGAGGGCGACGGCGCCAGCGUCGGACCCGGCGAGCCGCAGUCCAUCACUGGCACGCCUGGCAAGGCCGCUUACUUUGAGGUUUGCGGCUGGACGAGGCAGCAUUCGCGCAGCCGCGAGUGCAGCAUGCUACGCAGCGGCUCCACGGUGGCCGCCCUGGAAGGGCCCGAGGCGCUGCGCCACAAGCUGGCUCGCAUGGCGCUCGACGGUCACGGCCGUCUGUGCCUGGCCGCGCUGGACACUCACCUGGACGAUCCGCUGGGUGCAUGCGGAGGCGCCAUGAGUCCGCUGCUGAAACGUCUCUACGAGGACCCGCUCGAGACGUAGUGUAGGCAUCCUUUUGGGGACGUCCAAAAGACACUUCCUCGAAC